GUGCCUUGCUCGAGGGCACCUCAGUCGUGGUAUUGCCCGGCCGAGACUCGAACCCACAACCUUAGGGUUAGGAGUCAAACUCUCUAACCAUUGGGUCACGACUUCCCCACAUAACCUGAGCGUCUACUUUCAUAUGACCCAUUAAACACUGUGGAGUGAGACAUGACAAAGACAUUUAAUGCUGAACCCGAAGCCCCCAAAACAGGUUAUGUAAUAAAUAAAUAAAUAAAUAAAUAAAUAAAUAAAUAAAUAAAUAAACCAGUAUUGCUGUAACUAUAUAAAUAAGCAUAAAGCUUCUGAACAUGCGAGUUUAACUAACACAUUAACCUUUGACAGAUGCUGCAUUUUUGAUGGAAGGAAUGUGCUGGGUUCUGGGAAAUCUUACCAAUUCUGUCCUACAUGGAAUCUUUGAAAUGUGCACUUAGUGUAACUUGCAUGGAAAAGUUCUGGCAGUGAAGUAAAUAAGGCCAAUUUAGUCUGUCAACACAGGAGGAUAUAAAAAGGAUAUAACUGAGCCAGGACUAAAGGCCAUUCAGUGCAGCACAGAUACGCUAAUCCAGCAGGUAAAGAACAAAAGAAUACAGUAGCGCUGCACUGUUUCAGCCGCAGCUCCCAAUCUAAAUUCUUCUGGAGGCCGAAUCGAAUGGAAAGCCCUUCAGCUCUUUUUGGUUCUCUGUGCUAUGUUGCUUGGUUUGCAGUUUAUUCAAUAGGUGCCACAUGUUCUUUGGGUUUAUGGUGAGGUAUAAAUGCAAGGGGUUAAACCCGGCACAGUGUCAGAUCACCAGUCAGAACCGACCGUGACGAUCGAAGCAUCGGUAUCGAACUCACACUGAAAUCAUGGGCAAAGUCGUCUUCUACGAGGACCGGAACUUCACGGGCCGCUCCUACGAGUGCAGCAGUGACUGUUCCGACAUGUCCUCCUACCUGAGCCGCUGCCACUCCUGCAAGGUGGAGAGCGGCUGCUGGAUGGUGUACGAUCGGCCCAACUUCAUGGGAAACCAGUACUUCAUCAGGAGGGGCGAGUACCCUGACUACAUGAGCUUGUGGGGCUGGGGCAACAACUGCAUCAGGUCCUGCCGCAUGAUCCCUAUGUACAGGGGCAACUACAGGAUGAGGAUCUAUGAGCGGGAGAAUUACAUGGGGCAGAUGAUGGAGCUGAGCGACGACUGCGACUCUAUCACGGAUCGCUACCACUGGUCCGGCGGAUGUCACUCGUGCCACGUGAUGGACGGCCACUGGCUGGCGUACGAGCAUCCUCACUACAGAGGUAGGAUGUGGUACUUCAGGCCCGGAGAGUACCGCAGCUUCAGGGACUACGGCAACAUGAACUUCAUGAGCGCAAGACGCAUCAUGGACUCCUGGUAUUAAAACUUGUAACAAGAGAUUCAAAACAAGAAUGUGAAUAAACCAUUCAACAAAGCA